UGUCAAGUGAAAAAAAAUCGAAGAAACAAAUUUAAUGCAAAAGCAGAAAAGAAAGGGAGUUGUUGCGAUUUUGUAUUAAACGGGCCGUGAUACAAAUUAAAAAGAAAAUAUAUAUAUACACAUUUAUAAAAAUAAACAUCAAGUGAUAUAUUUUUAGAACAAAUACUCGUGAAUUAAAACAAACAAUCGAAAAGGCAAUAUAUAAUGCCGUAAAGUUUCAAAAGAGUGUGAAAAAACAAUAAAUAUUUCCCAAAAAAAAAAGCUGUGAGCAUUUUCAAAAUUUUGCUGAUUUGGUAAAAAGAAUUAAAUAAAUAAGAGCUUUUUUAAAAUAAAACAAAAUAAAUCUUAAGUGAAUUUACAACAAGAAUACACAUACUACAUCCAGUACCAGUUAUCGCCGUCUACCACAAAACGAAUAUUAAAAAUAAUAUUGUAUACUCAGUUAUAAUUAUCUAAGUAUCUACGACACAAGAAUAAAAAAAUAAACAACAAGAAGUUUUAGCAUAUUUUAGAAUUGUAUUGACCUUAACUAAAACGAUUAAUAACACUAAAACCAAUAUGCAAAGUGUUUCGAAUGGUGGUAAUGCUGAAGCCGGUGGAGGUGGCAAUGGUGCUAGUGGUGCUGGUGGUAAACGACCAAAAAAGGGCAUUUUAAAAACAUCAAGCAGUUUUGAUCGUACUGGCGCAAGUUGCCGUAAAAGCGCUAAAUUCGAUGAACUGAAUGUGUUACAAACCUUUCAUCCAGCUGAUAAAGAUUAUGGUCAUAUGAAAAUUGAUGAGCCUAAAACGCCAUACAGUUUAGCAGAAGCAGAUCCACAACGUGAUCAAUUAGAUGCUGAAUUAUUAGCUGAAAAAUUACGUAUUGCUGCCAACACACAAACGCCUUCAUUCGACGAUGAAGAAGAGUCUGAUGAAGAAUUCGAAGAGACACCGGAGGAAAAAGCUCGUCGCAUAGAAUUCGAAAGGCGCCGUAAGGCCCACUACAAAGAAUUUGAGGCGGUUAAAUUAGCACGCAAGUUAAUAGAAGAAGAGCUAGCUGACGACGACGACGGUGAUUCAAAUGAAACAACUAAUUUAGAAAAAUCAAUAUCACAGGCACCCGAAUCAGCAGCUGAAUCUCAAGCUCAAGAACGAGACUCACAAAGUUCAUCCAAUGUUCGAAAAAUGGACAUUGAUCUUCCUGUAGGUCAUUCCUGUCAGGGUGGAGAGAAAAUUUAAAAUAAUUUCAAUGUCGUUUAUGUACGUGUAAAAAUAAAACAAACCAACAAACAAAAAAGAAA